UUCCGUGUUUUGGAGACAAAGUUAGAGAGAGCAGACUUGGAUGAUUCGGACACGUCCGGAGGAGAGAGAGCGAGUGAGUAUAUUGGUAGAAGGAAGAUGAGGAUGGAGCUGCCGGGCAAGAGAGCGAGAGGAAGGCCAAAGAGAAGCUUGAUGGAUGUCGUGAGGGAAGACAGGAGGGCAGUCGGUGUUCGAGAGGAGGAUGCAGGAGAUAAGCUGACAUGGAAAAGGAUGACGCGCUGUGCGACCGCUAAAGGGACAAGCCCAAAGGAAAGGAAGAAGCGCGGACGGAGCCCGCUCGGAGGCGACGGCCGGCGGCGGCGGCACUGGCGGCACUCAGGUGCUCGGGAUGCGGCUGGAGACGAGCGACAAGCCGGCCAGCACCGGUGACGACGGCGUUCUGCAGGUGACCGAGGACAGCUCCGUGCAGCUCCGCUUCUACGGGCUCAGGCUGCACCCUGGAGCCUGGAGGCUCAUCCGCUUCACGGAGCUGUCCGGCCGCGGGGAGGGGGACUCGGGGGACUCGGGGGGCGGGGCAACCUGCUCGGACUUCACCAAGGACAUCGAGGUCGGGACCGGCAUGAACGUGAGCGGCCGGGGCACGUCGGGGCUGCUGCGCGUGCACGCCAAGCCGCUGCGCAAGAGCCAGCCGAGCAGCGAGUACGUGCUGUGCACGCGCAUCGACGACCCGGUGGACGGUGGCGGCGACGAGCGCGCCGGACGCUGGCGGCCGCUGGGCGACGGCGACGGGCGCCUGCUGGUUGUGGAGGAGAAGAAGUCGCUGCUGCCGCUGUGGCUGCAGGUGAUCCUGAUCUUGGGCCUGCUGGUGCUGUCGGGCAUGUUCAGCGGGCUCAACCUGGGUCUGAUGGCCCUGGACCCCAUGGAGCUGCGCAUCGUGCAGAGCUGCGGCACGGACAAGGAGAAGAAGUACGCGCGCAAGAUAGAGCCCAUCCGCAGCAAGGGCAACUACCUGCUGUGCUCGCUGCUCCUGGGCAACGUCCUGGUCAACACCACGCUCACCAUCCUCCUGGACGACCUGACCGGCUCGGGCCCGGGCGCCGUGGCGGCCUCCACCGUGGGCAUCGUCAUCUUCGGCGAGAUCGCGCCCCAGGCGCUCUGCUCGCGCCACGGGCUGGCCGUGGGCGCCGACACCAUCGCGCUCACCAAGUUCUUCAUGCUGCUCACCUUCCCGCUCAGCUUCCCCGUCAGCAAGCUGCUGGACGUGCUGCUGGGCCAGGAGAUCGGCACCGUGUACAACCGCGAGAAGCUGGUGGGGAUGCUCAAGGUCACCGAGCCCUACAACGACCUGGUCAAGGAGGAGCUCAACAUGAUCCAGGGGGCGCUGGAGCUGCGCACCAAGACGGUGGAGGACGUCAUGACGCCGCUGGCCGACUGCUUCAUGAUCCAGGCGGACGCCGUGCUGGACUUCGACACCAUGUCGGAGAUCAUGGAGAGCGGCUACACGCGCAUCCCCGUCUUCGACGACGAGCGCUGCAACAUCGUGGACAUCCUGUACGUCAAGGACCUGGCCUUCGUCGACCCCGACGACUGCACCACGCUCAAGACCAUCACCAAGUUCUACAACCACCCCGUGCACUUCGUCUUCCACGACACCAAGCUGGACACCAUGCUGGAGGAGUUCAAGAAAGGUAAAUCGCACCUGGCCAUCGUGCAGAAGGUCAACGACGAGGGCGAGGGCGACCCCUUCUACCAGGUGCUGGGAUUGGUCACCCUGGAGGACGUCAUCGAGGAGAUCAUCAAGUCGGAGAUCCUGGACGAGUCCGACCUUUACACCGACAACCGCACCAAGAAGCGAGUGGACGCCGCCAAGAGCAAACGAGACUUCUCGGCGUUCAGACCCGACAGCGACGCCAAGGCCAAGAUCUCCCCGCAGCUCACGCUGGCUGCCCAUCGCUUCCUGGCAACAGAGGUGAGCCUGUUCGGUACCUUCCACGUGACCGAGAAGGUCCUGCUGAGGAUCUUGAGGCAUCCCGACGUCGUGCAGGAGCUCAAGUUCGACGACGACGACAAGCGCGCAGCGCAGCACUUCCUGUACCAGCGCGGCAAGCCCGUCGACUACUUUGUGCUCAUCCUGCAGGGUCGAGUGGAGGUGGAGGCGGGAAACGAGAACAUGAAGUUUGAGACGGGCCCCUUCUCCUACUAUGGUGUCAUGGCGCUCAGCACGCCACCGCUGGCCGUCACCCCCCCUCUGUCCCCGUCGGUGGCGUCCCCCCCUCCGAGGCGCCUCUCUCUUAAGAGGUUUUCCGUGUUCUCUCGCUUCCCAGAGUUCCGUUCUCCGUCCCACGGCGGCAACCUGAACCGCUCGGCGUCCAUCGGCGGCAGCGCAGGCGGUCCGGAGAGCAACUCCGUGGGCGGCAGCAGCAGCCAAAUCCCGGGAACGCCCUUCCAGUACAUUCCGGACUUCUGCGUACGAGCGCUCAGCGACCUGCAGUUUGUCAAGAUCACACGCGCGCAGUACCAGAACGGCCUGCUGGCGUCACGUCUGGACAGCACGCCGCAGUCUCCGGAAGGAAGUCAACAGCGUCUGGACGCGGCGCCGCAGCCGCCUCUCGCCGCCCUGCCGGGCGGGCGCCCCCCGCCGCCCCUCGAGCGUCCGCCGUCCAACGCUCCCUCGGCGCGGCGCCCCAGCCAGUCGUCGCUUUCGACCAACCGCGCGGCCCUGGCGCAGGCCGCCGCGCCGCGCCAACCGACGCCACCCGCGGACGCCGACGGCGUGCCGGGAGAGACCACCACGCUACUCGGCGAGCAGCACAACUGCGUGGACCCCCGACGGCCGGGACAGCCCCUCAUGCACCAGCACGCGCAUACCGAGAGUACCAUUUGACGCGCGUCGUUUCCUCUUCCUCGGUGACAUCAUGGCCGAGAAGGAUGCCGAGGAUGUGCAUGUCACCUUUUAGAAAUAAUGACUCGCUUCCCUUUCACGACGACUUUUCUCCUGGCUUUUUCCCAGUGGCGCUCUUCUGUUUGAAAAGGUAUCAGCGGGCAAUGGGUCGAACUCGACCUGUGAAUUUCCUGCCUUCAGAGGUAAUAUCAGACACACAAUGACACACGAGCCCCUUUCACACUGCCCAUUUCAGCCCACUUUUUCCUUGCUUGCUGUCCCGUGUGAAAGGUAGCGACACAGAAAGUGGGGGUAUCAAAGUCAACCAACAAAUGUGCCGGCUUUUGAGGGAGUAUCAGAGGCGUCACAGAGGGGAAUUUUUUAACCCACCAGCUCCUCUGACAAUGACCCAUGAACCCCUUUCACGCUGCCCAUCCAGCCUGGCUUUUUCACUUUUUCUUGUGUCGCUGUCCUGUAUGAAAGGUGCUGACACAGAACGGGGCUGUCAAGUUCGACCCGAAGUCGACCUACAAAUUGUCCGGCUUCCAGGUGAAUGAUAGCCCACUACCCCCUUUCACGCUGCUCAUGUAAGGCCACUUUUCCCCGGCUCGCAGUCCUGUGUGUAAGGUAUCGACGCUGAAAGGUACAUUUUCCGGAUUCCGAGGUGGAACGUCACCCGUGUUGGGAAGAGACCGGACACUGAUUUUUGGGCCCUAUCCUGCUUCACUGGGUUUUGUGUGAAAGACAAAUAUGCAAAUAUUUUCCAGAAACUGUGAGUGUCUUCUUGCUCCAAGUUAUGACCAAGACGUAAGAGUUAAUUUCAUAUUUAUUUCGUAUUUAUUGAACAUGUAUUUAUUUUUGACUUUGAGGUUUUAUAUUUUGUGUGUAAUUGAUGGACAGGCCGCUAUCUCGUUAGCAUUGUUAGCUCCACCAUCACUGUGAUCGGUAAAAUUGAUGUCAGCGCAUUUCAACAAAAUGUUCGUUUUGGACGUUGGUGAGUCACAAACUAGCGUGAAGCAUGUUUGACUUAUUUAUUUUUUCGAUGACAAAGGGUUAAUAGGAUGACUGAUUAGCAUUGUGUUUUCCUAGCCUGUAAAUGUGAAGCAGCAGCUAGCGUAGUUUAGCAUAGAGUAGAGUCAAUUGAAUAUGUAAUAUGUACACCAUUAGAAGCACUCACAAGUGCGUGCAGUCACUAAAAGGGAUUUUAUUAAAAUUUUUAUGCUACGCUAAGGUUAGCAAGCAGGACGCUGUAAGAGUGGUUAGCACGUCUGCAUCACAGUUCUGAGGUUCAGGGUUCGAAUCGAUUAGCGUGUUCUCCCCACGUGCUUUUGUGGGUUUUCCCUCCCACAUUCCAAAAACAUGUUAGCAUGCUAGCUUCGAUGCAGACUCAUGUUUGUUUAUAUUUGCCCAGACUGUGACUGGCGAACAGUUUUUAGGGGUAAUACUGCCAGUUUAGGUUCACUGACGAUUCUCAGUUGUUGGUGAGGUUAGCAUACUAGCCUAAGCGCUAAUGCCGGCGGCGGCUUCAUGUUUAACCAGUGGAGGCGUCCUUCGAGGCCCCUUCUGUGUAUUUAUUAACUCUGGAGGUUAACGAUUGAGCACGUUAGUUUACUAAGACUAACGGACAAACAUUCCGUCGCAUGCCGUACCAACCCUCUUAGCGUCAAUGCUAAGCUAAUCUGUCAUUAGGCAGGUUCAUUCACAACCGCAUAACAACAGUGGAACCAAUUCAAAGUUGUAGCAGCUCUGAUGCUAACGCUGCUAGCACGUUAUUUUAUUCAUGAAACUAUAUGCUAUUGUAAAGGGAAAGAUAUUUCUUUAAAAUGGAAAGAGUAUAUAAGAUAGCACUUUACACUCGUGAGGCCUAUGGCGAAGAAUAUUACAAAGAGGGUUGUUUUGUCCUUCAAGUUUGAACUUUCCAGAAUGCUACAGUUGUUACUGUGGGAAUUCUGAGUGUCCAUGCUGUAAAUAGCGUCUGGAGCAGUGUUUCCCAACCUUUGUUAAGCCCAGGCACACAUUUAAAAAAAAAAAAAAAAAAAAAAUUCCACAAAAAGUGGAGACGUGGGUUAAAUAAGUACCGUCUGCCAUCUCGUGAAAGAUCAUUUAAUAUUGCUACCUGUCAUUAUAUGUUGUUAGCGUAGAUAGGAUGAACAAAGAUACAUUUGCUGUGGAUAAUCGUUUAUCGGACUGAUUGGGUGGAAUCGGCACAUUGGUUGGGAAUCGCUAAUCUAUGCUUUCCAUGCUGAUCUGGAGCAUGUAGCAUGUUGUACCGGUUUACUGGGAAUGUUCUUUUAUAACAGUACUUGAACGCCUCACACCACCACUAAAGCACAAUACUCUUGUUCUACCAUUCGGGAGCUAAAUGUGUUAUUUUGGUACUUCUGCUGGCUUCUAUUGGGCGGGACCCGGUAAGCACUCGUAGCCUUUUCGCGCGUGUCGGAACAAGACCGACCGCAGGUUGACCGGGGGUCCGCGUAGCAAUUUGUCCUACGGGUUGACUACUGUGACAUGAAAAAAAAAAAAAAAAAAAAAAAAACUUUAGCAUCUAUUUAUUGUUCUUGUUUAGUUUGCACUGAAGAAAAUGGUCUUCCAGGUUAUUUUUUUUUUUGUGUGUAAAUACAUGGACAGAUAAUACUGUGUGUGUAUAUAUAUAUAUAUAUAUGUGUGUAUGUAUAUACAUGUAUAUGUAUAUAUGUGUGUAUAUAUAUAUAUAUAUAUAUAU